CUUGGAUGAAGGGGAUACGGAGAAAGUGUAUUUCCAAGUUCCCACAGUGGCGGAAAUGAAGGAAACUUUGCAAGAAGCUGAGUUGCGCUGGCGCCAGCGUGCAGAAACAGUAGGAUUGCUACACGCUAAAGACCACUGUCUCUUUGGGAAUGAAGGCGACAACGAUGAAAACAGUUCAUCCAUGGUGGAGGAAUACGGCAGAGCAUCAGCGGAGCCAGAUGAAAAGGCUAGAGCUGAUGCAAGUGGUCGUGAACCUAUUCCCUUGAUCGGAGAAGCCCAGACGUCUAAGGAAUCAGAUGCAACUUCUUCGAAAGGUGACACUAUCGCUGGUAGUCAGAAACCCGAACAAGGUCGGCGUUUUUUCAUGUACGGCGCAUUAGCCGCACGUAUUGAGCAGGAAAUCAACCGCAACUAUGCUGCUAAGGAGCAGGUGCGUGCUUCUGGGGCAGCACUGUUGGG